AUGGGAGUCAGAAAACAGCAGCCCUCCGACUCUCUAUAUCAUAACAAUCCACUAUCUAGAAUUAUCAGUGCCAUAGGACUGGAUGACUGUGAAGACAAGGUCAGCGCACAGUGGGACUACUCCAAACUCACAGACUCCUGCACAGACUCCAAAACCCAUUCUGUGGAAGAGGGGGUGUUGUUAGCUCUGAGAGGAAGCGUGAGUGUUGGCGAGCCAGACAAGCUGUACCUAAUCGCUAAGGCCUGGGAUGAAGAGGACUCCGAGCCUGUGGACAAUGAGGGGAUCCUCUUCAUGGAAAUGAUGGCUGAGGAUUAUGAAUAUCGAGAAGAUAUCCAUUGGGAGAAAUCUGGAGAUGUUCUAGGCAGUGGAGCCUUUGGGGAUGUUUACUUGGGAAAAGAUAAAACUUCAGGAUUUCAAUUUGCAGCCAAAAAGAUCCAUGUUAGCAGAUUCAGAUCUCAGGAGGUGAUCUGUUGCCUGUCUGUGAAUUCUGAUAAAAUAGUCCCAGUGUACGGGGCAAUCCGAGAAGGACCCUGGAUCACUGUGUUCAUGAAGAUGGUGAAUGGAGGCUCUCUGGGCCAGCUGAUCAAGAAAAACGGCUACUUAACAGAGGACAGAGCUCUCUAUUACUUGUCACAGGUUCUGGGGGGACUCAAACAGCUCCAUGCUAACAGAGUAAUACAUGGAGAUGUUAAAGCUGACAACGUUCUCCUGACUGAAGACCAUAGCACAGUGUACCUGUGUGACUUUGGGCAUGCUGCUCACCUCCCUCCUGGUAGCUCUGGAACAAACCUAUUGACAGCCAACUAUGUACCAGGUACUGAGACUCACAUGGCCCCCAGAAAUAGUGCACGGGGAUCCCUGUGG